UCGAAGGAGUCGCUCCACAAACAGUCGGUGCGCUCUCGCCGCCGCUGCAAGAGCCAUGGCACGCAGGCCAACGCAGCAGCCGUUGCUCUGGCGCUGCUGAACAACACCGUGCCGGCUGCUCAGUCCUUCUUCCUGGACCGCUGCGUGGCCCGGUGCCGCGCCGUGUUCUGUGCCCGCUGGCGGACCGUUCGACCGGCGGAUUUGUAUCGCACUGCUCCGUCCACCGCUGCUACCAAGGGUGUUUCCUUGUUAACCGUUUGCCCGAGUCUCGUGCGCGGGAAACUGGACCGUUUCUUCUGCUCCGUUUCGGCUUCGAGCCUGCCUGCGGCCCUGCGACCGGCUACCCCGUCUAGAGUCUUCUGUGGCCCACCGCCUGGUGGUUCGUUGGUUGUUUCCCACAGUUGAACCCGUGCUCUUCUUCCUGUCAGGGGUUCGCGCGGGCGCGGACUCGCUGAGGAAGUUUUUCACGGGAGGGGUGGGGUUUGACCCGAAGCUUCUUCGUCGUUCGCCAGCUUCCCCGGAUUUUUGCCACGGGAGUUGUGCCUGCUGUUGCUUCCCGCGCCCCGGCGUAGCUGCUUCGUCGCCGUUGAUUUCCAGGCCUGGGCUUGCCCCGAGCAGCCAUGACGGGCCUUGUCCUGGUAUUGGCACUCGCCACAUUGGCGAGUGGCCAGUACCGGCCCAAGUUCCCGAGCCCGUACCUGCAGAAGGAGAUAUUUGUGCUGAAUCUGGAGGACGGCUUCUUCGGAUGCCAAGUGAACGAGUCCACGGAAGUGCUACAGUUAUUCGAGCUGUCGCAGCUAUGCGAUGGCGUGCCCCAGUGUUUCCAAGGAUCGGACGAACUGGCCAGGGACCUCAAGUGCACAGACAAGAAUCAUUGCCAUCCCAAGGUGCCCCGGUGUACGAACGGGGCCUGCUUGGACAACCUGUGCUACUGUAACGACGGCUACGGAGGCAAAGGCUGCGAAAUGCCAGACGAGAACGAGUGCAAGUACAGGCCGUGCGACGUGUUCGCCCACUGCACCAACACCAUGGGCAGCUUCUACUGCUCCUGUUUUCCAGGAUACGAAGGAGACGGGUUCGACUGCCACGACAUCAACGAGUGUGAGAUACCCGCGCUGGCAGCGUUGUGCGUGGAGAACGCCGAGUGCUGCAACCUGCCGGGACACUACGUCUGCAAGUGCCAGCGAGGCUUCACCGGCAACGCCACCGUGGCCUGCAACGACAUUGACGAGUGCCAAGACCCGAACGCCUGCGGCCUGAACGCCCUCUGUCACAACGUACCGGGCAGCUACAAGUGCGUCUGCCCCGACGGAUUCACCGGAGACCCCACGAUCGAAUGUCACGACGUCGACGAGUGCCGAAACGACCCGUGUGGCGCCAACUCCGUGUGCCACAACCUUCCCGGCGGCUUUGAGUGCGAGUGCCGGCCGGGUUACAAGCCCCUUCCGGGCCGUGCCCACCACGGAUGCGUGGACGUGGACGAGUGCCUGGACCCGCAAUUCCCCUGCGGAACGCGCGCGACGUGCGUCAACGCCCCCGGAAGUUUCUACUGCCAAUGUCCGCCCGGAUUCACCGGAAACCCAAAGAUCGCCUGCCAGGACAUCAACGAGUGCCCGCAUGCCUGCGGCGCCAACACGGACUGCACCAACACGGAGGGCAGCUACUUCUGUCGCUGCAAGCUGGGAUACAUCGGCGAGGCACAGCUGUCGGCCGGUUGUCACGACUUGGACGAGUGUUCAAGGCCAACCGCUUGCGGCCUGAACGCGGUCUGCCUGAACGACGUGGGUUCGUACCACUGCGCCUGCAAGGAGGGCUACUCCGGAGACCCAAGGAUUCAGUGCCUCGACGUGGACGAGUGUGCCCAGAAUCCCUGCGCCAUCGGAAGCCUGUGCUACAACAGUCCCGGAAGCUACCGCUGCGAGUGUCCCAAGGGUUACACCGGAAACGCCUACCAGUCGUGCGAGAGGGACAUCGUUGGCGUGGAGUGCACGACGUUCCACGACUGCACGGACAAUGCCGAGUGCGUCAACAACUUCUGCCAGUGCAAGAAAGGAUACCAGGUGUCGCCCAACCAGAAGGAGUGUAUCGAUCGAAACGAGUGCCUGUCUCGUGGCACUUGUGGCCGCAACGCGGCCUGCGUCAACACCGAGGGCGGGUUCCUGUGUCAGUGCAAGCAGGGAUUCGAGAAGAUACACGCGUCUCCGCAGAGCCGCUGUCGAGAUGUCAACGAGUGUCUGACCAAUCCCUGUGGCAAGAACGCCAAGUGCGCCAACACGGACGGCAGCUACCGCUGCUACUGCCCCGAACACCUCAUCGGCAACCCCAAGGAGGCGUGUGUGUCGCCCUGCGACAUGGUCGAGUGCGGUCGCCACGCCACCUGCCAGGCCAACGGCAAGGAGGCGGCCUGCGUCUGCGACGUCGGCUUCACCUUCAACCCGUCUAACAUACGCGCUGGAUGCAUAGACGUGGACGAGUGCAGCGUUCACCAGGGCCCCUCUGGUCUGUGCGGCCAAGGGGCGCUGUGCAGCAACACCCCGGGCAGCUACCGGUGCUCUUGCCCGCCCGGUUUCACCGGCGACCCGUUCCGAUUCUGCGAGGACGUCAACGAGUGCGACAGGCUCCUGGGACCCAGCGGUCUCUGCGGACAAGGCGCGCUCUGCGCCAACCUGGGAAGCUUCACCUGCUCCUGCCCUCCGGGUUACUCUGGCAACGGACGCGUGCGCUGUCACGAUAUCAACGAGUGCGCCCAGACGUUUGGACCGAACGGCAAAUGUGGCAUAUCUGCGGUCUGCACAAACACACCCGGGAGUUACCAUUGCAGGUGCCCGCCGGGAACAUCGGGAGACCCUACUGUCCAUUGUGUCCAAGUUGUCCAAUGCGAUAAAGACGAUGCCUGCCCCGGCCACGCUGUCUGCAGGGACCACCAGUGCUACUGUCCAUCGCCCAACAUUGGAAACGAGUGCCGACAUCCCUGUGAAGACAUCUUUUGCGGCGCGCACGCGAAAUGCCAGCUUGACCAUGCAGGCCAGCCUAUCUGCGUUUGCGCUCACGGUUUCACCGGCCAAAGCAACAGUCUUCCUGGUUGUGUUGACAUUGAUGAAUGUGCUGGAACCCAGCCCUGUGGCCAAGGUGCCCUCUGCCGCAACUUGCCCGGAAGGUUCGAGUGUGUGUGCCCACAUGGAUAUGAAGGUGACCCCUUCAGGGGAUGCUUGGCAAAAGAACAACAAAUCAUCCACGGCUGCUCAACGGCACGUCCGUGCCCUCCGCAUGAGGAAUGCAUAUCGGUCGACGGACGUAGCCAGUGUGUGUGCCGGCGAGGCUUUACAUACGACACGUCGAUUGCUAGAUGCAGGGAUAUCAACGAGUGUUCUGAGUUCAAGUCCAGCUCGCCUUGUGGCGCGAGUGCCUUCUGCAUGAACCUGGAGGGCAGCUACUUGUGCCAGUGCCCGCGCGGCCACGUUGGUGACCCGUACACAUCCUGCUACCCGGAGGAGAUCGAUUGCCAAAAGGACAGUCAGUGCCCCGGAAACACCGUCUGCGUCAAGGACCGCUACCAGAAGGGAGUGUGCGGCUGCAAGCAUCCCUUUGUUCGGGAGGGAGAGUACUGCAUCAUGGUCAGUCGAAACUGCUCGACCACAAACCCGUGCCCCGAGAACCAGGAAUGCGUUUUCACCGGACCGAGUCACGGCUUUUGCAUCUGCCCCAAGGGAUACACUCUCGAGGUCACUGGGGUCUGUCGAAAUAUCAAUGAAUGUGAAGAAAUCAGCGAGUAUUCCCCAUGUGGGGCUAAUGCUCAGUGCCGCGAUGCAUUGGGAACAUACCAAUGCCUCUGCGCACCAGGAUAUACUGGAAAUCCUCGACAAGGCUGCUCUCCCAUUCGCAUUCGCUGCAGGAACGACCCAGACUGUCCAUCGAACGAGAAGUGUGUUCGCGGGCAGUGCCAGUGUUUACCUCCAUACAUUCUGGAAGGUGACACUUGCAAAGAUCCUUGUGCUUGGAUUCAGUGUGGCCAGUAUGCAACGUGUGCCAUCACGCCAUCAGGGCCGCAGUGCCAGUGUAACCCUGGUUGCACCGGUAACCCACAGACCGGAUGUUGGGACGUGAACGAAUGUACGUCGAACCUUCCGAUCGACCCGAACGGCCCUUGUGGAGUCGGAGCCAUUUGCAUCAAUGUCAUUGGUGGUUUCCAUUGCGAGUGCCCGCCAGGAACCACGGGCGACCCAGUUCGGAGAUCUGCUGCUUGCAGGUCUGACGACCAGUGCCCUCGCAACGCUGUCUGUGAAGCAAAAGGAGCCACUUGCUUUGAUCCUUGUGUUACAUCAGAGUGUGGUCCAAACGCUUAUUGUGAGCCAAAAGACCACAAACCAACGUGCUGGUGCCGGCCCGGCUACGAAGGCGAUCCCUACGACCUUGAGCAGGGUUGCCAAUCACCGUGCUCCAAGGUCUGGUGUGGCACCAACGCUCACUGCAUCGUUAACUCCAGAAAUGAAGGCGUGUGUAAAUGCUUCGAAGGCUUCCGUGGAAAUCCAUGGGAAGGAGGAGAAUGCUCACCUGAUUCGCACUGUUCAGACUCAAGACCCUGCCCCAAAGGCCAGGAGUGUGCUGGCGGCUAUUGCAUAGAUCGAUGCGAGAACGUUCAGUGCGGCAUCGGAGCACGCUGUGACGAACAGACCGGCAGCUGCGUCUGCCUGCCAUACUUUUUGGGCAACUCGGAGACCAUGUGUGUUCCACCUGUGCUGCCACCUACGUGCACUCCGGGAUGUGGAGUUGGUGCACACUGCAUGUAUGCCAUACCCAACAAGUGCGUCUGCAACCCCGGGCUCUAUGGAAAUCCAUACACGGGCUGCACGCAAGAGAAGCCACGCUGCACUGCCACCACUUGCGGCAGCAACGCCCAUUGUCAUGAAACGGCCGACAAGGUGGAAUGUCGCUGCCCGGCAGGACUGCAAGGAAAUCCCUUCACGCGAUGCAACGACAUCAAUGAAUGCCUUGGUACCGGAAGUGUCUGUGGCACCGACGCCAGCUGUGUCAACACCUUUGGAAGCUUCAAAUGCGUCUGUCCAGAUGGAAUGAUCGGAAAUCCACUGUUUGCUUGCACUCCUCGGGGAGCGGACGUUGUGAUACCCGGUGGAGGUGGUGGUGACGUGCGUCCACCUCCAGUGCUCCCUGAUGGAAAGCCGCCCAUUGUCACGACUUUCACUCCUCCCAUCCCACCAUUUGGGUGCAAAACGGAUCACGACUGCGGGCCUCUCAGUGUUUGCGUGCCUGGAAUCGACAACCGCCGACACUGCAUCCGUCCCUGCGAAGACAGGGUGUGCGGACCCAACGCGGCCUGUACAGUGGAAGAGAGGGUCGGUGUCUGCCAGUGCGUACAGGGAUUCCAAGGUGACCCUGGUGACUUGGAAAUUGGUUGCACACCACCAAGAGCUGGAACCGAAUGUGAAACUGAUGACGGUUGCAAUCUUAACUCAGCCUGCGUGGUCAGCCAAGACAACACCCGCAAGUGCCAAGAUGUUUGCAUCAACACGCAGUGUGGCCCGAAUGCUGUAUGCCACGCCAUUAGCCACCGAGCAAACUGUAUUUGCAAGGAUUCCUACUACGGCGAUCCCAACGAUCUUAUUCGUGGCUGCACAACUAAACCGCAACACGAAUGCUUGGAAAACAAAGACUGUGGGGAGCGUUACGAGUGCAAGCUCGGCACCAAGGGAGUCAAACAGUGCAGAGACGUCUGCGAAGACAAGACCUGCGGCAAGAAUGCAGUUUGCUUGGGAGAGCACCACAAAGCCAUCUGCGAAUGUCUUCCGGGAUACAUUUAUGACGGCACGGGCUGCCAGGUGCCUGACGAUUGCGCCAUUGACCAGGACUGCCUCGAACACGAGGCCUGUCGCCACCAGUCCGGAGGAAACAAAUGCGUCGACGUCUGCUUACGGCAUGCUUGCGGUCCAAACGCUAGGUGUGUGGGACAGAAGCACGUUCCAACAUGCAUCUGCCGAGAGUCCUUCUUGGGAAACCCGAACGACCGUGUCAGAGGCUGUCAGCCGCUGCUCGAUGUCUGUUUCCAGGAUGCCGAUUGUGCAGAGAGCGACCGCUGCCUUCCCGAUUCGAGAGGCAUCAAGAACUGCACCCGAACUUGCAUCAAGACCCGCUGCGGCCCCAAUGCGCACUGCAUUGGCAGGCUUCACAGGCCUGUCUGCGAGUGUCGAGAAGGUUACAACGGCAAUCCAGGUGAUCUCUCGCAAGGCUGCACGCCCAUACCUCGUGACCGUUGCCACAGCAACCUCGACUGCAAGGGGUAUGAGGUUUGCAAAAUCACUCCUGUUGGAAUCAAGGACUGCAUCGAACUUUGUCUCGAUUAUGAAUGUGGGCCGAAUGCAAACUGCAUUGCCAUGGAUCACCUGGCAGCUUGCGAAUGUCUCCCAGGAUUUGCUGGAAAUCCCCACGACCUGCGGAGGGGAUGCAUGCGACACUUGUGUGAGCACGACAACGACUGUCCUGACUCGAACGUAUGCUUGUUGACGCGUGGUGGCGUCAGGAACUGCACCGAUCCGUGCUGGGACAGACGCUGUGGGCCGAAUGCCGAUUGCAUCACGGUACACCACAAGGCCACUUGUGAAUGCAGGCCUGGCUUCGAAGGUCUUGCCGAUGACCUUCGAGAGGGCUGCACGCCCAUUCCAAAGUGUCGAACGAGCAGUGACUGCCGGGACGACGAGGUUUGUGCCGUUGACCGCAACGGCAUCAAGAGUUGCCUUCAAGGCUGUACCACUACCUUGUGCGGACAAAACAGUGUUUGCAGAACCGAGAAUCACAUAACCAUCUGCCAGUGUCGCGAGAACUUUGUUGGAGACCCAUACAACCGUGAGACCGGAUGCUACGCCCAACCUGAGCGAUGCUACAGAGACAACGAUUGCCCUUCCAUUGCUGUCUGCAAGAGAGUAUUCGAUGGCAAGAACGAUUGUUACGAUGCCUGUGAAGGCCAUAGUUGUGCUCAGGGUGCUGUUUGCCAGGCGGUGAAUCACAGACCAACUUGUAUUUGCAAGCCAGGCCUCGUCGGUGAUCCCCUGUUGGGUGGCUGCCACAUUCCGGAUGAAUGCCAGGUUGACGAGGACUGCAGGGAAGAUCUCAUUUGUCGACCAGAUACAACAAACCUCAGGAAAUGUGUGUCUGUGUGCAUCUAUGAGAAGUGUGCGCCAAAUGCUUACUGUACAGGUGUGCGUCACAAGGCUCAAUGCAUCUGCCCCCCUGGUACUCAGGGAGAUCCUUACAAUCCCCGCAUAGCUUGCUUGCCAACAGCACCUGUCACUGAAGGCUGCACCUCUGACGACGAAUGCGCCUCUACUGAAGUGUGCCUUCACGGUAAGUGCACCGACGCUUGCGAAAAGAAACAGUGUGGUCCCAAUGCAGUCUGCCGGGUGCACAACCACCGGCCAUCUUGCCACUGUCUGCAAGACUACAAGGGCGAUCCUGACAACCCAAUAAAUGGAUGUCGGCCAAAGGACGAGUGCCAGAUUGACGAAGACUGCAAAAGGCUGACAGACGUUUGUCGGACCGACAACACGGGCAGCAAGAGGUGUUUCGACGCUUGCCAGUUCAACAAGUGCGGGCCAAACAGUCUCUGCGUUCCAAGACAGCACUCUUACGAAUGCCAGUGUCAACACGGCUUCGUCAGAGACCAGGAGAACGUGCUGGGCUGUGUCGAACGAGAACACGACGAAUGUCGCAACCACACUGGUUGCCCGACUACGGCCGCCUGCAUUCCCAACACCAUUGGCGUGAUGAAAUGUGCUGAAGUUUGCAUCAGUUUCAGCUGCACACCCGAUGCAGACUGCAUUGCGUUCAACCACAGAGGUCGUUGCACGUGCCGAGAGGGCUACACUGGAGAUCCCAACAGCAGAGGAGGCUGUCAGAAGAUUCCCGAGCCAGAGUGCAUUAACCAUGCUGACUGCCCCCACCCCAACGAGGUUUGCCAAUUUGACGAAGCUUAUGGUGAACGCAGAUGCCAGGAUGGCUGUAAGUUCCUCAAGUGCGCACCUCGGGCUGUGUGCGUUGUCGACAACCAUUUGCCCAAGUGUACAUGUCCAAAUGGCCUCUACAUUGGUGACCCUUACGACCAGCGUGAAGGGUGCAAACAGGUGGAGUGCCUCAAAGACGAAGACUGCCACAUAACCAAAGCCUGCUUUCCAAACUUUUACUGCGAAGACCCUUGUGUAGAUGGCUGCGGAGUCAACGCUGGCUGCGUGGCUCAGAAUCACCAGCGUAUUUGUCACUGCCGCCCUGGUUACACGGGUGAUGCCUUGGUUCGGUGUGAAGAGAUCCACUACUGUGAUUCCAACCCUUGCCACUCUUCGGCAAAGUGCAUCGAUGUGCCCAGUGGCUACGAGUGCGUCUGCACGAACGGCUUCAUUGGAGAUCCAUACCGCCAGGGCUGUCGCCACCCCAACUCUUGUCCUCACGGUAACGGGGACUGUCCUAGUCAUCUUGCUUGCUACCCCGACCGUCUUGGUCAACCGAUGUGCCAAAACCCCUGCGACCAUUUCAAGUGUGGCUUGAACACUGUCUGUCGGGCCGAAGGCCAUGCUGCUACUUGCGAAUGCCAAACACACUUCCGGGGAGAUCCGGCUGUUGGAUGCAGUCGUGAGUCUGUUGUAUGCCUGAGUGACCAUGACUGUGCGUCGGGCUAUGCUUGUGUCGAUGAGCAGUGCCGUCUCGUCUGCACUCGUGAAAGUGACUGUGCUGCUGGUGAGAAAUGCAUCAACAGCCGAUGUGUGCAACCAUGUUUCUCUCACAUUGAUUGCCCCCCAAAAGAAGCCUGCCUCAGUGCUGGUUACUGCCAAGUUGGUUGCCGGAAGAACAGCGACUGCCAGCACGAUGAAACCUGUUCGCAGAACCGCUGCCAGAAUCCGUGUGAGAUCAAGGGCUUGUGUGGCCCCAAUGCCAUCUGCAAGGUCAGCAACCAUGAAGCCAACUGCUACUGUCCAGAUGGCCUUACUGGAAAUCCGACGCCCAUCAUUGGCUGCAAGAGGCCGGUAGUUACAUGCACGGGAUCCUGUCCUAAGGGCCUGUCGUGCAUAGAGAACAGGUGUCGAGCCGUCUGCAGUGGUUGCAUCAUUGGAGAAGCCUGCGUCAAUGACUUCUGCAUGGCCGCAUGUUCUGGCGACAGUGACUGCCCAGCUGGAGAACUCUGCAUUCACGGCUACUGCCAGGUCGGCUGUCGAUCGGACAGUGACUGCCAGGUGUACCAACUCUGCUCACUUAAUCACUGUUCCUGCAAACCAGGCUUCCACACAGUAGAACAUGGCUGCGAAGACAUUGAUGAGUGCCUAAACAACCCGUGCCAUUCCACCGGCAUCUGCGAGAACACCAUUGGCAGCUUCGUUUGCCGCUGUCCUGAAGGAUUCAUCGGAGAUGGGUUCUCGGGUUGCACGAACCCUGGCGAAUGUCCACGAGGCGAUUCGGAUUGUCCGCUGAAUGCAGCCUGUGACCAGAAUGGCGUGACUAAGUGCAUCAAUCCUUGCGAAGAAGAGCCUUGUGGACCAAAUGCGGCCUGCACAGUGGUGAAUCACAAGAGGCAGUGUGUUUGUCCUCGAAGUGCCCUGUACACGGGUGAUCCUUAUGACAAGAACAGGGGCUGUGUUCAAGUGGACUGCCUGCAUGACACCGACUGCCCAGUGAACCAGGAAUGUGUUCAUUUCGUUUGCGAAAGCCCUUGUGACAGGGUACAGUGCGGACCCCACGGCACCUGUACCGUCAAGGACCGCCAGGCUUUCUGUGAAUGCAAGUUAGGAUACGAGAACAACGGACGACUCGUUUGCGUUGAUACUGAUGAAUGUAAACAGCACCCAUGCCACUACACUGCCAUAUGUGAAAACAGUCCAGGAAGCUACAUCUGUCGAUGCCCCAGCAAUUUGAUUGGCGAUGCCUACGGGAAGCAGGGAAGCGUCGGAUGUCAUGAUCCAAACAUUUGCUACAAUGGAAAUGCUGAUUGCCCUCCAACAUCUGCAUGUAUUGACAUCAAUGGGACACCCUAUUGCAGAGACUUGUGCGAAGACCCAACGACGUGUGGCAUCAAUGCCAACUGUAGCACUGUUAACCACAGAGCUGUGUGCACGUGUCGUCCUGGCUAUACAGGCAAUGCAAAGCACCGCUGUGAACUGGUGGAAUGCACGCGGGAUGAAGAGUGCCGCAGCACUGAUAUCUGCAUUCGAAACAAAUGUGUUGAUUCCUGCCAGAGCAAUGCCAAAUGUGGCGUGAACACCAUCUGCAUCUCUCAAGACCACCAGGCAAUCUGUAGGUGCCGGGACGGUUUCCGUGGCAACCCCAGCACGGGAUGCAUAAAAAAUAUUCCCUGCUCGAGUGAUGACGGAUGCCCGAUCGGAGAGUUCUGUUACAAGGGGCUCUGCAGAGUUUAUUGCCAGUCAGACAGAGAGUGUGGCAGCAACGAAAUCUGUGAAGACGGUAGAUGCCGAGAAAUUUGCCGAUCCAACAGCGACUGUCCUGACCAGUUCCGAUGCGUUACUGGAAACUGUGAACCAGUUGACAGAUGCUUCACCAACACCGAAUGUAGUGAAAACCAAAUUUGCAGAUCAAGCGAAAGAGGUUACGACACUUGUGGAGAUCCGUGUGAGAACAUCCUCUGCGGUAGAAAUGCCAUCUGCAUCUCGAACAAGCACAGUGCCAUUUGCCAGUGUCUGGAAGGAUAUGUUGGCGAUCCUCUCGAUCAAAGGCAGGGCUGCAUCAAAGCCGACUGCUUCAAACACGAGGACUGUCCAACGAGCAGGAUCUGUGACGAGCACAAGUGUGUUGAUCCAUGCAUAAUGAGGCGUGGCUGUGGAGCCAACGCCGUCUGUGAAGCGAGAAACCAUGCUGCCAUCUGCCGCUGUCGGGACGGCUAUGAAGGCGAUCCGGUGUCUGGCUGCCAGCUGAUUGACUACUGUCUGAAGCAGAACCCUUGCCACCCGACGGCGAUUUGCAAGAACAAAUUCGGUGGAGCCACGUGCGAGUGUCCGCCGGAAAGGCACAUUGGGAACCCCAACAGAGCACCAGGAUGCCGACACCCGAACGAGUGUCCCAACGGAGAUUCAGACUGCCCGCCAACUGCAGCUUGUCUCUCUGAUGGAGGUGGACCACCCAUGUGCAAGAGUCCUUGUGGCCUCCCUAACACCUGUGGUCCCGACGCCAUCUGUCGGGUGGAGAACCACAGACCCAACUGCUUCUGUCCUCAUGGUUUCACUGGGCAGCCCUACAACAACCUUCAGGGAUGUGUUCGAAUUCCUCCAUUCUGUGACGACGACAGGGCAUGCCCAGCACCCAUGGUUUGCGAGAAACGCCGGUGCAGACCUCCCUGCUCAAAGAGGGACGAAUGUGCAGCCCGUGAGCUUUGUGUCGAUGGCCACUGCAUCCAAGGCUGUUUACAAGACAAGGACUGUCUUGACAAAGAAAUUUGUUUGGACCGAAAUUGCAUUGUCGGUUGCCGAAAGGAUGAAGACUGCCGUUACAAUGAAGCUUGCGUUCUGAACAGCUGCAAGAAUCCCUGCGACAGUCCAACGGCCUGCGGUACUAAUGCCGAGUGCCAAGUGAUCAACCACCGUACAGAAUGCCACUGCCCAAACAGAUUCACAGGAAACCCCCACAUCUCAUGCCAACGCGUGUCGUCCUCAUGUCGAACUACGAGCGACUGUGGCGGAUACAACUAUGCCUGCGUUGAAACAAGGUGUAGAGUGGAGUGCUCGUCCGACGGUGACUGCGCGUACGGAGAACGCUGCUUCAAUGAGAACUGCUAUGCCCUCUGCCGAUCGGACAAUGAGUGCCAGGAGGGAGAGGUGUGCAUCUCAAACAGAUGUCAGAUUGGAUGCCGCACUAACGAGCAGUGCUUGGACCAUCUUGCCUGCGUCAGUAACCAGUGCAGAGAUCCAUGUGAAGGCAGUGCCACCUGUGGCCCCAAUGCAGAGUGCAAAGUGGUGAACCACCGUGUCGUGUGCAGCUGCCCGGCCGAUUUCAUUGGCCGUCCUCAUGCCAACGUAGCUUGUGUGCGAAAGCCAGUGCGUUGUACGCACAAUCAGGAGUGCACCCCAGGACACAUCUGCUACUUAGGGUACUGUAGAGUGUCGUGCAGCAGCAACCAGGACUGUGCCUUGAAUGAAAGGUGCGUGGAAAACCGGUGCCAUGUUCAGUGCCAUCGAGACCGUGAGUGCUUUGACUGGGAGAUCUGCGAGCACAACUUCUGCAAAGUUGGUUGCCGUGCCGAUACCGAUUGCCCCGCCGACCAGUCUUGCAUCAAGAACCAUUGCAUCAAUCCCUGUGAGGCACCCACAGCAUGUGGAACGAAUGCCUUGUGUUCAGUUCGAACCCACCAGGAGAUCUGCAGCUGCCCACCUGGCCUCGUUGGAGACGCACAUCUGGAAUGUGUCAGAGAAUCAAAGGAAUGCCAUGCAAAUGAUGAGUGUGGCCUCGGAGGUUAUUGUGAGGCCACUAUUUGUAGAGUUGCAUGCAGCAGCGACAAUGAGUGCUUCAACAACGAACGCUGCGUUGAAGAGAGGUGCAGCUUGAUUUGUACGACUGAUACAUUGUGCCCGCGGAACCACAUUUGCGAAAGAGGAUUGUGCCUUCCUGGGUGCCGGUCGGAUGCCGAUUGUCCGGCCACAGAGACCUGCAUCAAUCGUCAAUGCAUGAACCCUUGUGCAAGCCCUACGGCAUGUGGACCCAACGCUCAAUGCCAACCUGUGAACCACCGUGCGUACUGCACUUGUCGCUCGGGCUACACUGGCGAUCCCCAAGUGGAAUGCUCCAAGGUGGAGUGUGUGAUUGAUGCCGACUGUGGUGUCGGAAUGAUCUGCCAGAACUACAGGUGCCUUGAGGGCUGCCGGUCAGACGCGAGCUGCCCAGACGACAAGACAUGUAUCAGUCGCCAGUGUCAGAACCCGUGCCAGUUUGUUGGAGCGUGCGGCUUGAACGCUCUGUGCAAGACGGUCAACCACCGUCUUACGUGCACGUGCCCGCCGCAGACUCUGGGCGACCCGUACACCGAGUGCUUGACAGACCCUGACAUUUGCAGCCGGGAACAUGACUGUGGUCCGGAGAGGACUUGCGAUAAUGGAAGAUGCAUAACCAAAGUCGAGUGCACCACUGAUGAAGAAUGUGCCCUUGGAAAAGUCUGCGAAUCGCAUCGGUGCUUCGAUGGUUGCCGUGGCGACCACAACUGCCCUAUCAACCAGGGCUGCUAUCAGGGCCAAUGCCAGAAUCCAUGCAGCGUUCGUGGAGCCUGUGGUAUUCACGCUGACUGCGUUCCCGAACAUCAUCGUCCACGUUGUUUCUGCCCAGCCGGUUUCAACGGCAAUCCUCAGUUUGAAUGCAAGAAGAGUCAAGGAUGCCGUGUGAACGAAGACUGUUUGCCUGGUUUGAUCUGCCUUCGUGGCCAGUGCUCGCCCUCAGACUUCUGUGCAUCUGACAAUGACUGCAAUAGAGGGGAGAUCUGCGACAACACUAGAUGCGUUGCCGGGUGCCGUACGCACAGCGACUGCGAUUUCUUCCUGGAAUGCCGAGACAAGUUGUGCCAGGAUCCUUGCAAGCCAGGCGUCUGCGGUGUCAAUGCACACUGCCAACCCAUCAGCCACUCUGCCGAGUGCCGUUGCCCGCCAAACUUUGAAGGCGAUGCCAAGGUUCAUUGCAGGGAAGUGUCAGUCGAGUGCCACACAGACAAAGACUGUGGACUAGAGAAGAUUUGCAUCAGCAACCGCUGCAUCGUUGGCUGUCGCAUAGACGAGCACUGUCCGUACGACAAGGCCUGCGUGGAGGGUGCCUGCCGCAACCCAUGCUACCAGCGUGGCAGCUGCGGUAUCAAUGCCCUGUGCCGACCACAAAACCACCGAGCUACGUGCACUUGCCCGAGGGACAAAGAGGGCGACCCCAGAGUCCACUGCACAGUGCCGCCACCAACAACAUCCGUGGUGCGUGUUGAAUGCAGCACCGAUGAGCCCUGUGCGGAGGGAUACAUCUGCCGCAACAGCAUCUGCAUUCUUGACGGCUGCUCCACCGAUUCAGCUUGCAAUCCUGGAGAGAUUUGUGAACGGAGAAAAUGUGUCGUUGGUUGCCGCAGCGACUCCGACUGCACCUUUGACAAGGCCUGCGUAAAUACUCAGUGUGUCAACCCUUGCAUCAUUCAAAACUCCUGCGGCCGGCACACCAACUGUCGCCCGGUCGUUCACCGACCACAUUGUACUUGCAAGCCUGGUUACGAGGGCAACCCAUAUGACUUCUGCAACAAGAUUGAAUACAGGCCACCACCAGAAUGCCUACAUGACCGUGACUGCUAUGUCGGCAAGAUUUGUGAGACACACAACUGCGUCGAGGGAUGCCGCAGCGAUGCUAACUGUCCCUUCGACCAAGCCUGCAUCGGGCGGCAGUGCCGUGACCCGUGCACUCCGGGCAUCUGUGGCAAGAACGCCAGGUGCCUCCCAGUCAGUCACAAGCCAAUCUGCGCGUGUCCGUCAGGACUCAGUGGCGAUCCCAACAUUGAAUGCACUGUGUCUCGACAGGAAUUCUGCUUCCACGAUAGUGACUGCCCCAUUGGCCGAAUCUGCGAGAAGGGAGCCUGCGUCGAUGCCUGUCGCACUGACGAUGCCUGCGCCUACGACAAAGCGUGUAUUCGCAACCGCUGUCAGAAUCCCUGCAGUUUUGCUGGUGUCUGCGGCAUUAACGCCGACUGUCGUGCAGCAAACCAUCGCCCUAUCUGCUUCUGCCUGCCAGGCCUGACCGGAGAUCCCAAGAUUCAUUGUGCCGAAGGGAAGAAGGCUUGCAAGCGUGACAGUGAGUGCACCUUUGGUGAGAUCUGCGAGGAGGGCUGCUGCAUUGAUGGUUGCCGCACGGACGACCAGUGCUUACCCACUCAGUCGUGCCACCACAGCAAGUGCGAGAACCUCUGCCACAUUCCCGGAACCUGUGGCAUCAAUGCACUCUGUGUCAUUGCCGCUCAUCGGCCAGUCUGUUCCUGCGAGAGAGGAUUCAUCGGUGAUCCAAAGAUUGAAUGCAGGCAGGUUCCAGUGGAGCCCUUGAAAGAAUGUCACGCGGACACCGACUGUGCCCUUCGACACGUGUGUGAGGGCCACAAGUGUAUCUACGGUUGCAGGUCCGAUGAAAGGUGUACGGCCGAUGAAGCCUGCAUUAAUGGCAUCUGUCAGAACCCGUGCGGUGUUUAUGGAGCGUGCGGUCGUAAUGCCCUCUGCCGCCCCAUCAACCAUCACGCCGAUUGCUCGUGCCUGCCAGGUCAUCGUGGCAACCCUAACGUGGUCUGCUUCAGAGAUGAACCAAAGCCUGAAUGUACAAGAGACACUGAAUGUUUACAUGGAUUCAUCUGUGACAACAAUCGCUGCAUAGAGGGCUGUCGUCAUGACAACAACUGCCCUGACGAGAAAGCCUGCGUCAAUGGCCAGUGCCACUACGUGUGCAGCCUGCCAAACAUCUGCGGUGUUAACGCGGACUGCCAGCCACGCAAUCAUCGCGCGUUCUGCUCGUGUCCGUCACGCUUCCAAGGCGAUCCACAGAUAGAGUGCAAAGAGAUUCGAGAGCCAGGCCCCUGCUUUCAGGACAAUGACUGUGCUGUUGGAAGCAUUUGCAGCUUUGGCAACUGCAUUCCCGGCUGUCGUAACAAUGAAAACUGCCCGUUCCUGGAAGUGUGCAUCCGGAGUGUUUGCCAGGAUCCUUGCCGCGUUUAUGGGGCCUGCGGCAUCAACGCCGUUUGCAAGGCCAUCAACCACGACCGAGUCUGUGCCUGUCUUCCCGACCACACUGGAGACCCAAAACACCACUGUGUUAAAGUGUUACCUCCGCCAGAGUGCACAAGAGACGACGACUGCUAUUCUGGCCGCAUCUGUGAGCUUUCCCAUUGCAGAGUGGGCUGCCGAGCUGACACCAACUGCCCGCCGGACCUCUCCUGCAUUGAUGGACAGUGCCAGAACCCUUGCCAGCGCAGUGGCGUGUGCGGCCGAGACGCUCGCUGCUCUGCGAUCAACCACAGAGAACUUUGCUCCUGUGAACAUGGCUACACAGGCAACCCUGUCGUGGCUUGUGAAAAAGUUCCUGAUGACUCGUGCAGAAGAGAUGAAGAUUGUGGAUUCGGACAAAUCUGUGUAUCCUACAAAUGCGUUGAGGGUUGCCGCAAUGACAACAACUGCCCGUUCGACAAGGUGUGUAUCAACGGACAUUGCCAGGACCCGUGCAGCCUUGGAGGCAUUUGUGGCAUCAACACCCAGUGCCGAGCUCUUCACCAUGAGGCAUCGUGUGAAUGCUUGCCAGGUUAUACUGGAAACUCCAAGGAACGCUGCAGCUUGAUUCCCCUUCCUGAAUGCACCGAAGACCAUCACUGUGGAACUGGAUACGUGUGUGUGAACUCUAAAUGCAAAGAUAUCAACGAGUGUCUACAUGGCCGUGGCCCGUGCGCGCAUGGAGCUACGUGUACAAACUUGCCUGGCAGCUACAAGUGCAGCUGUCCCAACAACCUGGUGGGCGACCCCUACCACGGACGCUGCCGACAGCGUAUCCAAGGCUGCACACGUGACACCGACUGCAAGGACAGUGAAGCAUGCAACACUCUGACAGAGCAGUGUUACGAUGCUUGUCUCAAGCCAGGUGUGUGUGGUCGGUCAGCCGACUGCCGGGGCGUCAACCACCGGCCUGAGUGCUUCUGCCCGAGCGGGCUUCGAGGAAACCCCUACGUCGAGUGCACUAUUUCCCGGCCUUGCACCCAUUACCAAGAAUGCUCCGGAAACCUGCAGUGCCUCGGCGAUCGCUGUGGCUGUCCGCGACCGUUCUGGCAGAAGAACCACUUCUGCAUCUUGACAAGUGUCAACUGCUCCACGACCAAUCCGUGCCCUGAACACCAAGAGUGCGUGUACGAAGGCAGUUACACGGGCUUCUGCGUCUGUCCCAAGGGAUUUUCUCUCCUGCCUAAUGGAGUGUGCAAAGACAUUAACGAGUGUGAACAGCAUCCGUUCCCAUGUGCACACGGUGCCCAGUGUUACAACAAUGUAGGCAGCUACCACUGCACCUGCCCGACAGGAACUACAGGAGAGCCCUUCCAUGCUGGAUGUGAACCACCAAAAGGAGAAUGCACACAUGACAAUGACUGUCCCAGUAACAAGGCCUGCGACAUUCGCAUGCUGAAAUGUUACGAUCCAUGCCUGGUGCCUGGAGCCUGCGGAGAACACGCACGUUGCCGAGCGAUCAACCACAAAGCUACCUGUGAAUGUCCUGCGGGAUACACUGGAAACCCACGGGACUACUGCUUCAAAUUGGUUGGAUGCCCCCACGAGUUCCACUGCCCUGGAAACCUGCUUUGCAUGGACAGCGGCUACUGUGGCUGCCCACCAAAUUUCCAGAGGAAAUACGACUUCUGCAUAGCUACCAGCCGGAACUGUUCAACAACAAACCCAUGCCCACAACACGAAGAGUGCGUCUACACUGGAAGGCAGACGGGAUUCUGCGUGUGUCCUCGUGGCUACAGGCUGUUGCCCAACGGUGUCUGCAGAGACAUCGACGAGUGCACGGAGCUGACGCCGCCACCGUGCUCCAAGACUGCAAGCUGCAUCAACUUGCCAGGAACGUUUGAGUGCCAGUGCCCCGAGCCAACCCAUGGCGACCCGUACAGGGGAGACUGCUUGCUCAAGGAGCCAUUCAAGCCGAUUUGCACCACGGACGAGGACUGCCCCUUGCACGAGGCCUGUGACCUUGGAAAGCAAGAUUGCUAUGAUCCAUGUGUUCAAGAUCCCUGCGGGUUCGAAGCUGUCUGCCGAGUUGAGAAUCACAAGACUGUAUGUGUGUGCCCUCCGGGCUACACUGGCAACCCACUUGUGCGCUGCGUGCGAGUGGAGGUUUGUGGAGUGGACUACAACUGCCCCGGCAACCUCGUCUGUCUCUCAAGCAGCACCUGUGGAUGUCCUCCAAACUAUGACCGUGUUGGAGAGUACUGUAUCUUGACGAGCAGGAACUGCACGACCACCAACCCGUGCUCACAGAACGAAGACUGCAUCUAUGUCGGCCCACAAGAGGGCUUCUGUGUGUGCCCACGCGGGUACGAGCUCCAGCCUAACGGAGUUUGUCGAGACAUAAACGAAUGUGUCACCAUUCACAAUCCAUGUGCGCCUGGAGCGAAGUGCGUCAACUUGCCAGGAAGCUACGACUGUGUCUGCCCUCCUGGCACUGUUGGCGAUCCAUUUAUCGGUGGAUGUAAACGGAUCACAGAGGAAUGCCAAACUAACGAUGAUUGUCCAUUGGACAAGGAGUGUAACGUCAACACUCAUCAAUGCAUACCACCUUGCCACGUUUGUGGCCCAAGUGCACAGUGCACAGUCACAAACCAUGUCGCCAUAUGCGUCUGCCCUCCCGACCUCGUUGGUGACCCAUACGACAAGAUCCACGGCUGCUACAGAGGAGUUCCUCCCCCACCACGGACAGAACCUCCCGGUCCUGAUAUUCCUCCAGGUGGCCUUGAUGUUAUGUGUCUGGCCGAUGGAGUUCAAGUGCUGGUUCAGCUGGACAGCUUCAACGGAGUGAUCUACGUCAAGGGCCACAGCCAGGACGCCCAGUGCCGCCGCCUCGUGACCAGCAGCGAGCGUGAGACGGUCGACUUCAAGGUGCUCUUCAACACAUGCGGCCUGGUGCACAUCAACGGGGAGGCCUCCUUUGUGCUGGUCAUCCAGAAACACCCCAAGCUUGUGACGUACCGCGCCCGGGCGUACCACAUCAAGUGUGUCUACAACACCGGUGAAAAGACGGUGACGCUGGGAUUCAAUGUCAGCAUGAUUACCACAUCUGGAACAAUCGCCAACACUGGUCCACCACCAACUUGUCAAAUGCAAAUCUGCACGGUAGACGGCAAAGAGGUCAGCAGUGCCGAGAUUGGAGACGACCUGCUGCUCAAGGUCACAGUACAGCCACAUGAGAUCUACGGUGGCUUUGCACGUGGCUGCAUUGCCAAGACCAUGGACAACGAGGAAGAAACGCAGUACGAGGUGACCGACGCUAACGGCUGUGCCACCGACCGGUCAAUAUUCGACAACUGGGAAUAUGAUCCGGAGAACAAGGUGUUGAUGGCGCGCUUUAAUGCCUUCAAGUUUCCCAGCAGCAACAACCUGCGAUUCCAGUGCAACAUUCGAGUCUGCUUCGGAUCGUGUCCACCCGUACACUGCGACGGUGUUGACGCCUUUGGCCGAAGAAGACGUCGACAGGCGCCAGGCACAGACCUGCAAGUGGGCACCUCCUUCCAAGAAGGGCAGCUUCGAGAGGAAAUCAUGGUGCAGUCGAACGCCAUCCUGACCUUUGAGAAGAAGGAGAACCAGGUGGCACCCACUGCUGAAGCUGGUCCUGAAAUUGAGGAGAUCGACAGCGUCUGCCUGCCCAAGCUCGGUCUGAUCAUCUCCCUAGUGAUCACCACGCUGCUCGCGCUGGUCGCCGUGGCAGUGGCCAUUUCCUGCUGGCUCAUGGCGUACCGGCGGCGAGCCAAGGCGGAGGGUCCGCUGCCACACCCGCCAGACUUUCCUAACCCGCUGUACACGACGCCAGAGCCUGUGGCGGAGCCCUCGCCCGACUACUACCAGUCGUCGGUGCCACCCAGCUUGAGGUAGGCCCGUCUCGGGGGCUCCCAUCUCUACUCGAGAAGGAAGACCCACCUGCGGAAGAGAAGCAAGCAAACUGAGGACCCCCCCCCCCCCCAACUACCCCCUUCCAACCAGGCCAAGUCAUUUUUUCAUGAACCCCAUCCAACACCAGCCCACCCCCAUUUUUACAUCGUGACUUGCCACAGCGCCUACCUGCUACCCCCACCCACCCCUUUCCUGCUGUAGCAAGAGCAGCACGUACUACACGUUUGGCAUCGUUGGGCAUUGCUGCUGCUGUGCGCACACUGCCAGUCACCGCCAGUUCGCCGUGGCCCCUCGUCGGCAUCGCCAAGAGCUCAUUCCUGCAAGUGUUUUUAGCUCUGUGGCAGCCGGACUGCAGUUUGACGAGGUGUUGCACGUGGCAUCUUGUUUGUGUUUUCUUUUUUAAGGCGGGACUUAUCACAGCAGAGCAGAAACCCUCCUUCCUCCUCUCCUACGACAAGUGGGUGCCAGCUGCACUUGGCCAAGGCAGGUACAGCUGUGGAAUCGGUCACGAUGCAUUAACCUAUGACACAGCCAAGCCUGGACAAUCCCUGUGCUUUCGUCGACUCAUGGCAGCUACCCAGAGCAGCAGCGACAACCUGCGCGUGUGCAGGGAUGGACUCUAGAGUUUCUUGUAUGUUGUGUGCUGAUGAUGAUUGUAAGUGGCAGUGGCGACGACACCGGUGUCUCGCCCGCCUAUAAAUGAGACCGCGUGCGGCGCCUGCCAGUGUAACUUUCCGAGUAACUCAGUUUCACAGGAUGAGAGUGUGUGCAUGGGAUUCGCGUGUGUGCAUCUUAUGUUUUGCAGAUGCGGUGCAUGCCUGCGGCGGUGUAGCCUCAUCUGCAUCGGGUUCACUGAUGUGCCAAACAUCCUUGCUACUACAAUAAUUGUUUUUGUCCUUAUGGUCAGAGGGCAUGCAGGCAGCUUAAACGGGCCCUUUGCAUUUACAGAUAGCAAUUAUGAGGUGCUGGACAUCUUGUAGAAACAAUAUGCAUUUUUUUUUAACUUUGCGUCCACGACUGGUUCACGAGUCUUUUGGUCCUCUUGACGACAAUCUGAAGCAUGCUAAGUUGUCCUCGGACAUGACUGAACCAUUUAGUCUCCUGUAGUUUUUUCUUCCCAAGGUAUGUUCUUUGAUGUAACCGAUGCGGCAAGAGUCACUUGGAGCUACCGUAAGUGACGGACAUUCUGGUCUCUCCUUUUCCGUGUUGUCCGAUAGGAUGCGAGCGUGAGUUUGUGAAGCUGAGUUACUCCGGAAAUCCUGUGUCAUUCUGGUUGGAAGAAAAUAACGGAGAUGGUGCUUCCUUGUUUCGAGUGUAUUCUGGGGACAGGGUGACACUUUCACGUGUUGCGUGCUUCUCUUGUGGUGCUGGCUUUUCGAAUGUGGCUUGUCUCCCCUUCAUCACGUCAAAAACCAUGCCAGCGUAACACCAUUUCCUCGUAAGCAGUCACAAGCGCACCGAGCUCCAAGCAUUUAAAUGACCUUGUAAUGGAUUUCACUGCACGGCCAAUCAAUGGCUGCGACAUGCAGUCGAUCUCUAGGCCUUUCUUUUUUUUUUUUUUUCUUGCGUGUGGUUUAAUGCGUGACAAGUCAUGCACCGAGCGCACGUAUUGCAGGCCUGUCAAUAAAGUUUUCGGAGUCGCACUUUGCAGACACUGGAAUCUUCCGAGAUACCCACAGAAUCAUUGUCGCAUUACUUUCGCCGCAGCAUCGACCGCUACGACAUAGCCAUGUGCACUGCAAUCUUCUUUGCUCAGUGGUUAUAAAUAAUGUGCACAACAUUAUGGGCUUUUGCCAUUGCUUGUAAACUUUUCGACUGAAAUCGAGGAAUUUUGCUUCUUACCACAUUGUCACUGUGUCACGUCGGCAGGUUGUUCUGCCAGGGGGACUCAAGCCACAUUUGACGCAGCCCGUCGUCUGUUCGUUAUAAUUGCCAUUAUGUGUUUACCCCACCUUAUUUUUUACUGUGUGUGUGUAAAUCGUACUUGCGUGUUUUAUUUAAAUACUAUUUGAGUAUAUUAACAACAGACGACGACUAGUUACUGUUCCUUGGAAAGACUCCGGUCAUACUUUUCCUGUGCGCAUUUUUUUUUUUUUUCACUUCCGUCUUGUGUCAAACGUGCACAUACAAACAAAAAACGGUGAACAAAACGAAGAAGCAUCAUAGAGUAAAAUGCUAUUUUGCUGUGAUAAAGGACCCUGUGUUUUCUGCCUUUUUUUUUUCUUCCCCUUUUGUAACGUUUCUCCUUGUCUGCCAACUUCUCGUUUAAUUAUUCUCGCUUCUACACGGACUCCACAACUGCCAGCUUUCACUUGCAACACUUUCUUGUGUCCUGUUGAAAGCUCUUGUGGUGACUGGGCCACACAAUAUAUGAACAAAGACACAUAAAAGGAGCCGGGACUGGUCCCCAUCCUUUGGCAGCUAUUUUUUGUUUGUAUAUUGUGGCAAAGUUACCGGUGACUUUUUGCAACGUGCAAGUCAUAGGUGCUGAGAGGCUACGAGCACACCUUUGCACAACCCUUUUCUCGUAUUACUGUGGUGCCAAAAUUGCUUCUUUCUCAAAAUUUCGUAGCUUAACAAUCCUUUCUUUGUGUGCAGCUUAGGUUGCGCUAUGUGCCCAAUUUUACACAAUCAUAAAUGCCUUCAAUAAAAUGCGACAUGUUCUUUAGAAGGGUUGUGGAAAUGUGUGCUGCACUUCUCAACAAUAUUCUCAUGCUUUUUUUUUUCCCGUCUCUAUUUUUUGUGGUGUGUACGAUCACGACAGCAAUGUUAUGUCUCAUUUUGUUUUGUUUUUUUCUUGAAUAUUGAACUCUAACACACUGCCUGAAUGCUAGUGCAUAUCAACUGCUUUAAAAAAAUGUCACAGCAGCCUUUUUUUUUUAAUAAAGCAUCCUUACUGCAAUGAAAAUGCCAUUUUUACAUGCCUUAAAACAUUUGCUGUUUUACUUUUGACUCCUCUGUGUAUUUUCACUUUCUGCAAUAAAGCACAUAAUUUUUAUUAUGA